GGAGAGAUACAUAGGCAAAACAGUAGGUGCAACUUCUUAUCUAUAUUCUUUUACCUUCCACUUCCGCUUUUUGAUGAGGGAAGUCAUGCAAUUUCUUCAUCUCACCAAAUAUUUCAUUCUGCGUUGAAAACGUAUCCACUGUCCAGCCAAAAGUUCGUAUUUGAGUGACUAUUCAGUCAAACGCCCAACAAAGUCCUAUUUGUUAAAAUGUCCUCAAACGACGCUGCAGGAAAUCGGGAAAUCAAUAAUUCCAGCGAUGAACCAUUAAUCUACCCAGCUAAUGGAACAUUACGGGAGUCUCCAGAUGGUGAGCCAAAGGAGUUUGCUGAAGUUAAGGAAUUAAGACGAGGUUUGGCUCAGAGGCAUAUUCAAAUGAUUGCUUUGGCUGGAACAAUCGGGACGGGUCUCUUCUUAGGUUCUGGGAAAGCUAUUGCCAGAGCAGGUCCACUAGGAGCAUUACUCGGAUACACUCUCGUGGGAGUACUUGUAUCUGGCGUGGUUCUUUCGAUAGCUGAACUAAGCGCUCUCGUUCCUUUAAGCGGAGGUAUUAUACGUCAUGCUGAAUAUUUUGUCGAUCCCGCUCUCUCAUUCGCGAAUGGAUGGAACCAAGUUUACAGCAACAUCAUUACGAUACCUGCCGAGCUCGUUGCUGCUGCCGUCUUAAUCCAGUUCUGGGUUCAAAUCAACAAUGCAGUUUGGAUUAUAUGCUUCGGAUUCCUGUUGGUCAUUAGUAAUCUCCUUUUCGUUCGGGUGUAUGGGGAGCUUGAAUUUACAUGUGCGAUAUUAAAGAUAAUGCUCAUAGUGGGAUUAAACAUAAUGGCAUUGGUCAUUACUUGUGGUGGAGGACCAAAUGGUGAAACUUAUGGUUUUCGAUACUGGCGCAAUCCAGGGCCGUUCGUUGGCUACUUGGGAUAUACCGGGGCCUUGGGACAUUUCAUGGGCUUUUGGACUACAUUUUCGAAUGCAGUGUAUGCUUAUUCUGGCGUUGAGAACUUCUCACUCGCAGCCGCAGAGACGCAGUCACCCCGAAGAAAUAUUCCCAUUGCUGCAAAAAGAAUCUUCUUCCGAGUGAUGUUAUUCUAUGUCCUUUCGAUAUUCAUGGUCGGCAUGAUUGUGCCAUCGAAUGAUAAAGAGCUAUUGCGGUCGACAGGAACAGCGGCCCAGUCACCUUUUGUUAUUGCAGCUAACAAUGCCGGUAUUAAAGUUGUUCCUUCAAUAAUUAAUGCUGUUGUUUUGACUAGUGCUUGGAGUGCUGGUAAUGCAGCUAUGCUUGGCGGAUCUAGAAUGUUAUAUGGACUCGGUCAACAUGGGCAUUCACCAAAAGUCUUUCUCCAGACCAAUCGCUUUGAUGUUCCAUAUAUUGCCAUCGGGUUCCUAAGUCUCUUCAUUAGCCUUGGAUUUUUAACACUCUCGAGCUCUGCAAGUGUUGUUUUCAAUUGGCUUCAAGACUUUGUUGCAGUUGCCGCCCUUGUCAAUUGGAUGAUUAUUUGUGGUGUAUAUCUAAGAUUCUAUUAUGGAUGUAGAAAGCAAGGAAUUUCUCGAUCAACAUUGCCAUGGAAAGGACCGUUUCAACCAUAUGCUGCAUGGAUAGCAUUGAUCUCGUUCAGUCUUCUUCUCUUGACAGGCGGCUACUCUGUCUUUAUCAAAGAUCAUUGGGACACGGAAACUUUUGUUUCAUCUUACAUCAACAUUCCCCUUAUUCUCAUUCUAUACUUCGGUUACAAAUACAAGAAGAGUACUGUGAUUAUUCCAUUGACUGAUAUCCCAAUUCAAAAAUUCAUCGAUAUCGCGAACGACAAUCCGGAGCCAGAGGAUGAUAAGGUUGUUGGAUGGAAGAGACUUAAUAUUCUAUGGAGCUAAGUGGGUUAGUAUAAUGGGGAGAGAAGGACUCGAAUCUCCGCGAUUGUUUGAAACGCAUGCUGGACGAGUAGAUAAAUUAGAUGCUAUUAUUUGAGAUUUCGAAAUUGCUAAGAUUUUUCUUUUGGGCGAAAUGGUUGAAAUUGUAUGUAGAUGAAACUAGAACAAGGGGAAACUACAUGUCUAUUCAAGAUUUUAUUGCAGAUGGGAGCUAGCAAAAUCACAAAAUCUCUUUCA